AUGGUGCUCUCAGGCACUACGCAGGCAGGCGUGAUACUCUCAAUCUUUGUCCUGCCGAUUCUCACUUAUCUAUUCUUCACGAGAAUCCAACAAGUAGAGAGUAAUGCUGGACCUCUGCCACCACCAACCGAGAUCACGGCACUAUUCAUACAUCCCAUCAAGUCGUGUCACGGUAUCUCGGUGCAGUCUGCGAAACUCCUGCCCACAGGCCUAGAUCUUGAUAGGCAAUGGAUGUGGGUGAGCUACCCAGACUACGAAUUCCUGACGAUCCGGCAAAUCUCCAAAAUGACUCUUAUCCGACCCACCUAUGAUGAGAAGACUGAUACCCUCACUGUGACUGCACCGGCUCCGGACUCGAUUGAUGAGAAGCUAGAGUUCUCUAUCCCUGCUCAUCCUUCAAAGGAGUGGUUAGAUGAGAACACGGAGAAUCAUUCGGCGAAAAUCUGGAGUACCACUACAGGAACAUGCGUAUAUUCUUCUGAGAUGACUGCACCGUUCAACGACUUCUUCGGCAAAGAGGUGCGGCUCGUGUAUAAACCACCUGUUUCCGAUGACCCCAGACCACUCGUAUCGAACGGCGCACCAGAUGUCUUAGGAAGAGAUGCGUCGACAUGCUUCCCAGACCUUAUGCCUAUACUAGUCGGCAAUCAAAGCAGUAUUGACGAACUUAACAUACGUCUCAAGGCCGCUGAAGAUUUGACUAUCGACGUCCGCCGCUUCCGGCCUAAUAUCCUGGUCAAAGGCGAGUCCAACGUGCCCUGGGACGAGGAUCGCUGGAAGACUAUCAAGAUCACACCCCGGUCUGGCGAGCCCAUCGUCCUGGACAUCACACAAAGAUGCGCCCGCUGUCAGGUGCCUAAUGUACAUCCGGAUUCGGCUGAGAAGCACAAGACACAGCCUUGGGAUGCAUUGAUGAAGUAUCGAAGGAUCGACGAAGGGAUUACGUACAAGCCUUGUUAUGGUAUGUUGGCCGUACCAAAGACGAUCGGACAGGUCAGCGUGGGGAUGAAGUUCGAGGUGACUGAGGUGACUGAUAAACACCGUUAUAUUGCUGGAUUCUGA